GGCCUACUCGGGCCUUCCCAAACCAGGAGCCCUGUUCCAGAGUGCUGUGUGGCCUCCGGAUGAGUCAGACACUUACCUUUCGCCUGAAUACCACCAAGUCAGUGAUCCCACUGCAAUGGGGAGCAGAACACAGCGAACACAGGCAAAUAUAAGCCGAAACACCCAAGACAUCAUCACCUUGCUGUAG